UCCAAUCCCAAAAAUUUCAAUCCUCUCUCAUUAUUUUCAUUUUGUGUAUGCUUCACACCAAGUUUGGUUUUUGUCUCUCUCUCUCUCUCUUAGCACACACCCUCAACAUUUUUUUAAUACCACAUGGGAACCCCACAGACCAAUUUGCCACCAGGUUUUAGGUUCCACCCUACUGAUGCAGAACUCAUUCUUCACUACCUUAGGAAAAAAAUUGCCUCCAUUCCCUUGCCUGUUUCCAUCAUUGCUGAAGUUGAUAUUUAUAAGUUGGAUCCUUGGGAUUUACCAGCUAAGGCUUCAUUUGGUGAGAAAGAAUGGUACUUUUUUAGUCCUAGAGAUAGAAAGUACCCAAACGGUGCAAGGCCAAACAGGGCAGCUGCUUCAGGGUAUUGGAAAGCCACUGGCACUGAUAAGACCAUAGUGGCAUCAUUGCCAUGUGGAGGAGGAAGAUCACAAGAGAACAUUAUUGGUGUCAAAAAGGCUCUUGUUUUUUACAAAGGAAAACCCCCAAAGGGUAUUAAGACUAAUUGGAUCAUGCAUGAAUAUCGUCUUGUUGACAACAAUAAACCUAUUAAGCUCAAAGAUUCUUCCAUGAGGUUGGAUGAUUGGGUGCUAUGCCGAAUUUACAAGAAAUCAAAAUGUGCACUAACUUCAACAGAAUCAUCAGAAACUAUGGUAGGUGAAGUGGAACAUGCAGAAGAGACACAAUUCCAAGAAACCCUAUUUCCAAUCACCAAAAACACAACCUCACCUCUUCAAAACACACUCAUGUCUCAAAAAUCAGUGUCCUUUUCAAACCUAUUAGAUGCUAUGGACUACUCCAUGUUAAGCAGCUUCUUAUCUGAAAAUUCCAACAACCCAUCAGGAAUUGGAACAAGUUCAGGUUUCAACACUGAAAAUUUUAACCAACAACAAUCUUCCCAUAUCAACACUUGCAACAAUUACAUGUCUCAGAAGAAUCCUCAAUCCAACACUUUAAAGCACCAGCUUUCAAACGUAGAUGAAGACAUGUUAUACCCAUCAAAGAAGUACUUGAGUUCCUCUUGCAAUUUUCCUAACAUCAAUUCUCAGUAUGAAAACUACCUUAUGAAGCAAUCUUUGAUGAAUCAACAAUUGCUUUUAGGUCCUCAUCAUCAAUAUCAAGGCUAAUCCAAAAUACCACAAAAAUUAAGUGGUACCAAAAAAAAAAAGAUUAUGAAAUAGAAAAGUUAAGUAAGAUUUCUAGAAGUUGGGCCCACCAAAUUACACCAAUGUCAUCAUUAAGUAAGGAUUGCUAAUUUAAUAGUAGUGCACAAAAUAUAGUGUGUUCUAUUUUGUCCAUUUUAAUUUUUUUUCUAGGAAUUGAAGGAGGGGUUAGGACCUAUUUGGUAUGGAGUCAAAAGAUUCCUUAGUUGAAGACUGAAUAAAUUGUGAAAAGAAAAUAUCAAAGUUUUAUGACCUAUCAGAAAUAGUAGUGUACAAAAUGUUAAUUUGUUUGUGUGUUGUUGGGGUUGGCAAGUUAGCUUUAUGAUAUAUAUUCUGUAGAUAAGUAUUGUACUGAUUGUGAUGAUAUUUUUCAUUCUUUUCAUGGAAAAAGAAGCUACAAAUUUUUCUUUUGGA